GUAAAAACUUGUACUAUAUAACCUCACUAGUAGUAACGAGAGUAAUCAUCCAAAAACAAAAAAACUACGUAAGGAAAUAAAAGGAAAAAAAAAGAUGGCGAACAAUGAAAGCGUUGAUUGGCAGUUCAGUGGCAGCGAUGAGGGCAAGGCCGCCUCAGAAGCCUCACUAAGCACUUACACCUCUAAACUCUUUGCUCUGUGCGAUCCUCAAGGAAAGCCCAUUUUGCCUCCACGAGGUGAAACUGCCGAGACUAGCCACACCGCUGAAAGGGCUGUUGUUAAAGCCGUCCUAUUCGGCACUGGAAACGCCUAUGCACCCAGUAUUGGCCUUCCGGCGGCCAAAAGGGCAGUAGCAGAUUACCUAAACAGAGAUCUUCCAAAGAAACUGUCACCUGAUGACGUGUUUAUGACCGUUGGAUGCAAACAAGCCAUCGAGCUUGCCGUUGAUACAUUGGCUAAACCAAAUGCCAACAUCUUGCUUCCCAAGCCAGGCUACCCAAGUAACUUAAUCCGUUCCAUCUUCAAGCACCUUGAGGUCCGCAAUUACGAAUUUCUUCGCGAAGAGAAGUAUGAGAUUGACCUUGACAGCGUCCGAGCGGCAGCGGAUGAGAACACAUUCGCAAUAUUUAUAAUAAACCCGCACAAUCCCAACGGGAACACCUACUCUGAAGCUCAUCUCAAGCAGCUCGCUGUGUUGGCUCGAGAACUCGGGAUAAUGGUUGUUUCUGACGAAGUUUUUCGUUGGUCGGUGUUUGGGAGUAAUCCCUUCGUUCCCAUGGGCAAAUUUUCGUCCAUUGUACCGGUGGUUACACUCGGGUCCAUAUCGAAGGGAUGGUCUGUCCCUGGAUGGCGAACUGGCUGGAUCGCGCUUCACGACCUAGAUGGUGUCUUUAAAUCCAAAAAUGUUUUAGCUGCUAUAAAACAGUUCCUUGAUCUAAAUUCUAAACCACCAACUGUUAUCCAGGCGGCCAUUCCCACCAUCUUGGAGAAAACUGGUAAAGAGUUCUUCCAUAGGAGGCAGAUGUUUCUGAAAGAUAAAACCGAUCUUGCAUAUUAUAAGCUCAAGAGCAUACCUUCCCUCACCUGCUACAUGAAACCUGAAGCGUGCACCUUCUUUUGGACCGAGCUGAACUUAUCAUCCUUUGUGGAUAUUGAAGAUGAUGAAGAUUUCUGUGAAAAAUUAGCUACUGAGGAAAACCUCGUCCUUUUACCAGGGAUUGCUUUUACUCUGAAGAACUGGGUGAGGCAUUCUAUUGACAUGGAUACUCCAACUUUGGAGGAUGCAUUUGAUAGAUUGAAGAGCUUUUGUGAUCGCCACUCCAUUUCAGGUGAAACUCCACGCAAAGCUGUCAAUGGUGUCAACUAAAGGGUUCUUAUGUAAGCCUAAGUCUUUUUAUAUGCUAUGAUAAUAAAUAAAUGGGGGUGUUUUGCUUUUAUGAAUAAAUUACGAACACCUUUCGAGUUUGUGACAGAAUAAAUCAAUGGUGUACAAUAGUAAACCAUUAAUCAUGUAUGUUUUCACAUCGUUGGGUAUCUCUUUCGAUGUAUGUAUGUCUUUGUACUUUUUAUAAACGAAUAAGAUUCAGCUUGUUUUAUUAGAA